AUGGAGAUUGCUUCGGGGACGUGUGCUCCAACACUGUGGACAUCGACGUUCUGUACACACAGGCUCUGUAACCUUGGAGCCAAAUGUAGCAACGAGACGCGAACGCUGACUACGCCGAAGCUAUUCGAGACUGAACGUGUGGGCCUAGGUGUGAACACUACGACGGACCUUGACGUCAAUGACGUCGUGGGAGAGUACUGUGGCGGGCUGUUAGAGUUUCCAGCUCUUGUGGAAGGGAAGCCGACGCAAGCUGUCAAGCAGAACAGUGGCUAUCCGCUACUAUACAACGCAAAAUCCACCAAGGGGAACUACGUGUACGUUGACGCGCUAGCUUGCGGGUCUAUAACUCAUUUCAUUUCACACGCCGGCGACUUCAACGCUGCUUUAUUUGAGCUGCAGACUUGGUCCCGUGUGAAGGUGCUAGUGAAAAUGAUAAAUGAUGUUAAGGCCGGCACCCAAAUCGCUGUUCACUAUGGCGAAGAGAGGUAG